UGGAAGUUGUGUUCGAGUUGAUCCACCGUUUGUCGAGUUCCGCGACGUGUCGGUCGGACAGGUUUACCGGAGGACCGUGACGGCGACUAAUGACGGGAAAACUAUGAAAAACAUCAUAUUUCAAACGCCCAACUUGAAGUUGUUGACAGCAGCUAGUGCAGCCACAGAGGAGAUGGUCAGAGACUGUCUGCUGAUCCAUAUCGAUGAUGUGACCGUCGAUAUCCCAUUGAUAGGGUAAGAAGGAUCCUGUAGAAUGAUGACGCUGGUUGUCCAGUGACCUGAUUGGUCAGUAGUGACAGGCCCUGUGACUGACUUUGAUCUCUUAUCCGGAACUUAACCUCCCCCGGAGUGGGUUAGCCGCUCAGCAUAAGUUACCAUGGUGAUUGACCCCAGUAAGAAGAGAACCAGCUUCGUCGGACAGAGAACGCAGAGUUACACCUGAAGUGACAUCGAUAACCGCACAUCCCGCUUCGUAGUACAGACCUCUGCAGUGUACUGUAGCUCCUAACUCUCCCUGUAGAGCUCAACAGUAAGAAGUGAAAAUCCCAUUCAUAUUCUCCAUUAACAGUCUGAGUAUGAGCCAUAAUGUCGUAACCAUCCAAGGGAGACUUACCAGAAUUUAACACAACUGCAAUACACCUCAACAAACCCACGAGGGCACUUUUUAAACUUGAACUUCAAUCAGAGUGUGUGAGAACCAAAGCUUCGGACGUCAUUGGUUUGAUAGAACCAAUAAACCUCCGAUACCAAGCUUCACUGAAAACCUUUUUGUUUAUUGUUUUUUACAUCACUGGUAUUCACGUUACCGGGGAAUAAACAGUAACUAAAAAAAGUUCCAUCAUGUCUGGAAGUUGUAUUCGAGUUGAUCCACCGUUUGUGGAAUUCAGCGACGUGAGAGUCGGGGAUGUUUACAAGACGACCGUGACGGCGACAAAUGACGGGAAAGCUUUGAAAAAAAUUAUAUUUCAAAAGCCCAACUUGAAGUUGUUCAAGUUCACGGCAGCCAGUGCUCCUGAGUUCGUGGCUCCUGGUCUGUCUGUCAGUGGUUUGCUGCAGUUCACUCCAGAGCAAGAGGAGGUGGUCAGAGACUGUCUGCUGAUCCAUACCGAUGAUGUGACCAUCGAAAUCCCAUUGAUCGGGUUUCCCAGGACUUGCUCCCUGCUGACCGACUCAGUUCUAGACUUUGGUUGUGUUGCUGCCAACAGUCAGAUCAUCAGCAAACAACAUCCUAUAACCAACCAGGGAUCAGCACCAGGUGUGUUCCAAGUGAAGUACAGUGGAGACCCCUCAGUCAGACUUUCCCCCUCCAGUGGAGUCAUUGCAGGUGGCGCCACCAAGUGGCUGAAAGUUGAACUGCACACAGACAGACCGAGGCAGAUUGAUGAGAAGGCGCUGAUAAAACUCCAGAAUCGCUUUGCCAUCUCUCUCACUGUCAGGGCUGAGGUGGUGGAUCAGCGGCUUGAGGUCUCUGACCUGAAGGGGGUUUCCCUCUCCUGCCUGUGGUUUGGACCUGUAUACUUCGGGACAUCCCGUGUGAAGAAGGUGGUCCUGAGGAAUAACGGCCCCCAGGCCUGUGACUGGGUCUGUCAGUUCCAGGACGCUGCUGCUGGCACCGAAGCGGGUACGGACCUCCACAAGAGCACUCACGUCACCCUGUUGGAGGGAACAGGGAGGUGCAGUCUGGCCUCUCAGGAUUUCUCUCAGGUGUUGGUGUUUGUUCCUAAACAGGGUCGACUGGGACCAUAUGAGUCGACCACUGUGGCCAUUCGCUUCACCCCCUUUCGCAGCAGUACAACCAGAAUGAAGAGGCAUGAAUCCUCAGGCAGCCGACAAGACUAUUGUGUUUUCCUGCUCUUUGACUCAGUGGAGAGGCGACAUGGCUUCACUCACUGCAGUGGUAACAGCAGCGUGGAACUGGCGGUGACCGGCUCUGGUCUGCCCGUGUCUCUGGUUGCCAGUCCGUCACACAGGUUUGAUUUCCCAACCUGUGUGACAGGCCAGCGCGUGGAUCUGCCCUUCGUGCUGCAGAACCUCUGCCCUCAACUUCCCGUCUACUUCCACUUCCGCAAGUUGGCACUCUUCACCACCGAGCCGACCAAAGGCACCAUAGCUCCUGGGCAGUGCCAGGAUGUAGUUUUGACUUUCAUGGCACGGCAGCAAGGGAGCUUCCAGGUGUGUCAGACACUAGACGUCUUGGGUCAAGUUCCCCAGAGCAGUGACGGCAAGGAUGUUUCUGAACUUGAGCUCCGAAGCUUCCACACACUCACUCUGCAGAUGUCUGCCGCGUGCCACGGCAUCACCUCAGCAGUGACCAAGCCAACCGGGUCACUGCCUCACAUUCGGUCCGGCGAACCGGCUCGCUGUCCCACGAGGGCACGAGCUGACGUCCUUGGCUCCAACAAAACACAACGUGGCAGAGAGUCGAGUCAAAACAGCAAGGACGAGGCGGACGGCGGAGCUUCACACAGACCGUACAGGCAGAGGACCAUGUUUCCUAGUUUAUCCCGCGAACGCUAUGUGGACACCAACUCUGCUUUCGAAGAGGAGGAGGAGCAGAGGAGGCUCGAUCGACAGGUGUACACAGACUUCAUCAAACAGCUCAGACAAACACGGCUGUCAAGAAUCAAGGAGAGGGAGGUUAGACAGCAGGAAAAAGUGUUACAGGAAGUGGACAUUGGGAUUAUUCCCGCUCAAGGGCUCGUUCCCCCAAAGUUUCAUCUCAGGGACAUAGAGAGGAGUGAGGGCUCAGAAACAAAGUCACGGACAAAACGCAGCUGCUCCGAGGACAUGACAUCCAUCAGCCAGAAGGUAAAGAGUCAGGCUUCAGCGGGAAUGGGUGCAGAUUCCUCAAACAGCCAGCAGGAGGCAGACUGCAGCAGGACUCUGACAGCACAGGAGCUCUGCCAAGUUGUCAUAGGUCCGUCUCUGGUGGACUUUGGCGAGGUGUGUGUGGAGUCGGUGUGUGUUCAGACGCUGGAGCUGACCAACCACCUCUCGCUGUUCGUCCGCGUGCAGCUGGAGGUGGACUGUCCCGAGCUGCAGGGCUCCUCUCCCCUCUCCCACGUCCUGCCUCCCCACUCCCACAACACUUUGCCCCUGACGUUCCAGAGCAACAAGCUGGGGAGCUUCUACAGACCCGUGUCCUACUCUGUAAACCAGCAGCACCCUGGUCAGAUUCUGGUCCAAGCCCAGGUCGUCCCCUUGGCUCUGGAGCUGUCCACCACCCUGCUGGUGCUCCGGCCCACUCCCACCCUACUCGCCCAGUCAGGAUAUAGAAGUUCAGUUACCCUUCGAAACCAUGGAAACCACACUGCAGAGUUCGCAUGGAGACCCGUCGUCACGGAGAGAGGUGUCCUGUACUCUAUUCGACCAGCGACAGGUACAGUGGAGCCGUACAGUGAACUGGACUGUGAGGUGAUGUGGCAUCCGUCCUUCUCUUCCCCUGAAGAAGGAGACUUUGACCUCUCUGUCCACGAGGGCGACACACAACAGCUUCACUGCGUUGCCAAGCUUGGAUCCACCAGUGUCCAGCUUGCAGAGAAACUGGUGACGUUUGGAUCAGUGCCUCUCAACAUGCCGUCUGCCAGAACGGCCGUCUUACACAACACUGGACAGAACCAUGCCUACUACCAGGUUCUGGAUGUGAGCCCUCUGCCGGGGAUGACGGUGAGUCCAUGUGAGGGUGUCGUGCCGAGUCGGGGUCAAGCUGUGCUCCAGAUCCACUUCAGCCCCGACUCCAUCAUCAGGUUUGACACCAGGGUUGAGAUAGCUCUGAGGAACAUGAAGUCCGUCGAGCUCAGAGUGGGCGGAUCAGUCGAGCCUCCGAAUGUAGACAUCAGUAUGUCCCAUUUCCAGUUCGGUGGCGUCCAUGCUGGCUCUCGCCGGGCGAUACCUUUCACUCUGACGAACCACUCGUCAGCCGCCGCCCGGGUCACCUUCAACCUGUCACUACAUGCAGACUUCUCUCUGCAGCUGCCUCCGCCCUGCGCCAAUACGCAUUCACUCACACACGAGGAGGAGCCAGGUGUGAGCGUCGUGGAAGUGCAGGGCCACCAGGCGGCCGACUGCUCCCUCGUCUUCUCACCCACUCAGGCUGCCAGUUAUGACUUUGAUCUUCCGCUGACGAUCAACGGAGUCAGAUGGCCGACCGCUCCUCCGUCGCCUUUCACCUCUUCGUCCUCGUCAUCCACCUCCUCCUCCUCGCUGUCUGCUGUCAGCAGGAAGCACAUGGUCCAGCCACCUUCCUGCCCCGUCGCCAUGGUGACACAACGGUUACGGCGAAUCCAGGCCACAGUGCUGUGUGCCCCACUGGAAUUGUCCCCCUCUAGCCUACAGUUCCAUGUGGAACCGUUGACACCACAGUCUGACGUUUACACUAAGACAGUGGAACUGAAAGCGGUGUGUGAGGAGAGUGUGUGUUGGCAAGAGGCUGUCGGUAGGCGCUUACACUGGUGGUUUAGCUGCAGUGUAGCAGCCACAUCAGCGGAGGGCAGAAGGGAGGCGGAGCUGUGCACCGUGACUCCGUCGUCUGGCAGUCUGGGGCCCGGCCAGUCCAUCUGCUUAACGGUCAGCAUCAGGCCUGAGGCGAUCACAACAGUGUCGGGCAGAUCGAUCAGACUGUCCCUCCCUCUUUACUUGGGAGAUAAGGAUGGGGAGGCGAGGGCAGAAGAGGCAGAACAUCAGCCCUACCGAGAGCUGCCCGUCACUGUCAUUGUCCAGAUUCCCAGCAUCACCAUCCACCCCCCUCAAAUCCUUCUUACCCCAGUGCCCCUGGAAAACAGUGCAGUGGCAACACUCACCCUCCUGGCUGUAGGAUAUCCAAGUGGAACCAGGAUAUCGGCUGAGGUGGAUGAGUUGAAACGGGAGGAUGGGACAAAGAUGCAGCCUGUUGCUGUCACCUUUCCCGAUGGCAACUGCAUCCCCACACAAAAACAGAACCAAGUACAAAGACAGGAAGCCAACGGGACCAGUCUGAUCUGCCGCGUGUCCUUCUCUUCUGCCGUCCCUCUGUCCCUCUGCACAACCGUCACAUUCACUGAGCAACACUUCAACAACAGGUUUAAGGUGAAGUUGUGUGCCAUUGCUGACAACUGUCUCUUGACUGUCUGGCCCCACAUGGCCCGGCACCGCUCGGAGCAACAGAUAGUUCUCAAGACUGGAUCCACAGCUGUGAAGGCGAUCCUUCAGCGGUAUUGCACACCAAGUCCUGCCUCUGGCCCCGUGUCGUCAUCCUCCUCCUCAUUUGAUCACAACAACUCUACAAACAAGAAUUCAGCGUCAGAUUCCUUUGCAGACAGUGACAGUGUGAGCAGUCAGACCAGCAGGGAAGAAGAGGUGUGGUCAAACAGACGCACCCUGGCUAAUGUCGGUAUCCCAGAAUUCCCUACUGCCGACUCAGACGAAGGACGGUAUCACCAGAGUGUAUUACUGGCAGUGGAGAGGUGGUUCAGUCUCUUUGGCUGGCCCAACGGACCACACCCCAUCUCUGUACCGCACACGCUCAGAAGAAUCGUGACAAAAACUCAGGUGGAUCCUUCCGGUAGACGGAAUUUCCGCGUCAGCCAAAAUUUAGACCACAGGUCUGUCGUGGACAUGCUUCAUCACCUGACUGGCAAACAGAUUCCCGGUAUUCCUCGCUCCGGGUCGUUUUCCACAGAUAUAGACAAACGCACCGCGGAGCUGUUACAGCAGCAUAAAGCGAUGCUCGCCUUUUUCAGGGUGCAGGGAGCUUGUCUGUGGCACAUCAAACCAGAGUACUUACUGGACAUGCAGGAGUUUAAGCACUGGUGCUCCCUGCAGUCAAAAAAGGAAGAAGCUGGUCCGGACUUCAGCAGCGUAGACUAUGAGUCUCUGAGCAAACGAUCCUGGACUGACGUGCUGCUGCAGAUAUACAAGGUGUUGGUCUUGUGCCGUGUGUCGGAGAAUCGCCCGAAAACGAUUCCGAACCGGGAAGACGGAGAUGGAAUCCGAGCUGUCAACCUGCAGCCAGUGACCAGUAAUGUCUACUCUGCCGGCGAGAUCCAGUUGCUCUCAUGGCUCAACGAGCACUACCAGAGCAUGAGGAAGACUGUGUGGGGAGCAGGUUUCGUCCCAUCAGCUCGCUGGAUAGUGAACUUUGACCUUGACUUGACAGAUGGCCUGGUGCUCGCUGCUCUACUGGCUGCCUACUGUCCGUACCUGAUCUGCAGCCACUUCCGGAGGAUGUACACGGCACCGAGCAGCCUGGAGCAGAUCCUCCACAACAACAUCGUAGUGGUCCGGUCGCUUACUGCACUUUCUCUCAACAUGGACAUUCAGCCUACAGAUUUGUCAGAUCCGAAUCCAGUGCAGAUGUUAAUGUUGUGUGUUCACCUGUAUGAGAGGCUGCCUCAGUACCUACCACGACACACCAUCACUCUGUCAGGAGGCCUGCACAGCACUGUCAGCAAGCAGGUACGACUGAAAAAUCCAUCGUCUAAACAUGUAAAGUACCAGACCUUCCUUUUAGGAGAGGAUGCCCAUCUCUUCUCCGUCCCCGAUGGAUCCACUCUCACCAUUCUUCCAAAGGCGAGUGCUGAGCUGACCGUCCAGCAUCGCUGCUCCUUCCUGCGGCCCGUGGAGGCCGUCCUGCUGCUCAUCUCCAGCUCUGCCGCUGCUCUGCGAGCUACGACGCUCUCCUUCAACCUGAGGACCCAUGUCAGUCACAUCACAACCACAAACUCUGUCAAGUGCACGUCUCCAUGCUACGAGCUGAGAGUGAUCCAGCUACCAAUUACUAAUCCUUUCAAUAUGGAAGCUAAGUUCAGGGUGGUGCUGGUGGAGUCGACGUUCAACCCCCUGGAGCCUGAAAAGAAAAAAGACGGCCUCAUUCAACAGGCCUCCUGCAAAGCCAAGAUGGAGGAGAUGAUGUCAGACUGUGGGGAGGAUGUGGAAGAGAAGCCAUCAGCUUCCUACGGUGAAGGCAGCGAGUUCCUGAGUGCCGUGAGGAGCGUUUGUCUGAAGCCCGGCCAAGCGGACACUCUGGACAUCCACUACCUGCCCUUCUGCCCCGGCACCAAGUACUGCUCUGUGCUGCUGCUCUGCCCGCAGGUGGGCGACACGGUCUACGUGGUGAAGGCCACAGCAGACUUGCCCCUUCCUUCCCCUCUCACUACCAGGCCAAGUUCCAACAUCGUCAGCUCAGCCGUGUGUGCAUCAGCACUGAGCCUUCGCUGCAAAGUGCAGCAGGUGUGUGAGGAGUUAGUGCGUAUGCCGCUGAUCAACGCGAGCUGGGAGCGAGCGCUCGCUAUCUGGGGUCAGCAGAGCAUGAACGCCAAAGAACACCGGAGGCGCUCGCUCACACACACUUUGUACAGCAGCACUGUGAGGACGAACACAGCCAUACGCAAGCUCCAACAAAAGGAGCAGCUGUUGGGUGGAGGUGACCACAGUGAAGUGGUGACGUAUAGUGUUGAGGUUUCUCUGCCACGAUACUUCACUUUACCUAGUACGGUUAAAAUGCCUGUAAAAGAGGACACGCAUAAACCCUGGGACCAUCCUGCAGAGUUUGGCCACGUCGACGUUCCUUUUCGCUUCCAGGCCGACCGCGCUGGACACUUCACCUGUCAGGUGGUGCUGAAGUCUCCGUGCGAUACCAGGGUCUACAUGCUGGAGGCGCUGGUUACCUCACAGGGAGAAUCCAUUCACCUGGACUUCAGUUCUCCUGCUCACUCUCCAGUCACACAAAACAUUCCAGUGCACAACGAGACCCGCCGAGACUGGAGCAUGCAAGCUGAAGUGUGUGGUGAAGGAUUCCGUGGGCCAAAGGUUCUGAAUGUACCGGCCGGGACAAGAGUCUGCUACCCCCUCACCUUUCACCCAACUGCACAGUGCACUGUCAUGGGCAAACUCUCCUUACACAACAACUAUGAUGGUACUGAGCAUGUGUUCACCCUCAGGGGAAUAGGAGAGCGCCCCCUGCCUGUGGACCAUGUGGUAAUACAUUGCCCUGUUGGGAUGACCACGCACACUCAGCUGGACGUCCCCAACUACCGCCAGAACAAGCUCACGCUCAAGGUGGUGACGGACAUAUCUGUUGUGAGCGGCAGCCCCACCUUGGAAAUAAAGCCUGGUCAAAAGACUCCAUACACCCUGGCUGUUUCGCCACGGACACAAGGGAAACAGACAGGUUGUGUGUCGUUCGUAGAAGUGGAUAAAAUUCAAGAGGAAGACAAGGGACGUGCAUUCAGACGCUAUGAGGUGUUUUUCUCUCUAGAGGUCAUUUGUGAGCCUCCAGCACCAGUCAAGGUCAUAGAUGUACAGUGUGCUGCUCAGAGCUCGGUUGCCAUAGAGAUCCCUGUCAUCAACCCGAGAGCGGAGCUGCUGAUGCUGGACGUGGACCUAAGUGGAGACGACCUGAGCGGCGCCGGCUUGGUUUCAGUUCCGCCUCAAGACACGUUCACUUACAAAGCUACGUUCUCGCCGGGCAGAGUCGGGAAGAGCUCGGGCAGUGUUGUGUUCCGGUCCGAGCUGGUCGGGGAGAUCUGCUACCGACUGGAGCUUUAUGCUCUUCCUCCUCCAGUCGUCAUGCUGCCACAGGCCUGCUGUCCACUGGGAAAAUGCACCAGACAGGCCAUUCCUCUCGUUAACCCUACAGCUGAGACUCUGGAGGUGACUGUCGCCAACAGCAACCCCAGAAACUACACACUGGAAAUGGAUUCAGGAAGAACUCUUGCUGUGGAGCCCCACUCCUCCACCGAGCUCGGUGUAUGUUUUAGACCGUCAUCCAUCGGAGAAGGGAACCACACGGCAAAGAUCACUUUCUCAUGCCCUCAGCUGCAGGAAUGGUGUGUGUUUCUGAGUGGGCGUGGCCUUAAUCCGGAGAGCCAGGAGCUUCUCAGCCUCUCGUCCAUGAUCGGCUCCAACGCCUCCGUCGCCAUUCCCUUCAAAAACCCCACCGAGUUCCCGGCCUCGCUCAGCGUCACACUCACAGACGAAGACCCAAGCGGCACCACUGGCUCUCAUCCAGUCACCACAGACAGGGAAGUCUUCUCCAUCCCUCUGAGACAAACUGAAGGGAUACAAAUCAGUGAAGGGGCCAGUUUCGAUGUUCCUGUGGUGUUUGUGCCCGACUCCAUGGAGCUGCAGCACGUGUGGCUCUGCAUCAGUCUGAAGCCCCUCGGCAGCUCAGGCAAUAACAGUAACUUCAGUCCAGACAAGCCGAGGUCCGAGCAGGAUUUGCCAACCAUCUGCUGGAUCCGUCCUCUCCGUGGGAUUCCCGUGGAAGUGCCUGUUGACAACUCACCACUUGGCGUCGUCCAGUGUGACGCCGGCUGCCAGCUGGAGAGGAAGGUGGACGUACUGCUCCGAGGAAGUGUACCGGGGAAUGGGGAACAGGAAGUUUCCGGGGUGACGGCGGAAGACUUCCUCUGUGAAGUGCGUUCAAACGGCGAAGCCGAGCGCUCUGGGGCGGAGGACUGUCUGUCUGCCUCCAUUCAGGCAGCGAGGAGGAAUCCUGAGACCGGCAACGUAACACUCACCCUUCAUCUAGUCUACACUCCCCUCAGGCCAUGCAGACACUCUGUGGUUUUAGCAGUGCGGAGUGUCUCCGGCAGGAUCUGGAAGUUUCCCAUUAUCCUCGUCGCCACGGAGCCGCAGGUGGAUGAUGUCAUCCUCACAGAAGCCACCGAGCUGGACAAGACCUCGGCGGGAGGCGUACCUCUAACCACGAUUCUAGACAGCAGAGCUGCAUUGGACCAACGAGGUGACUCGUCCUCCAGAGCAGCAUGUUCACCGGUCAAUGAACCGCAGCAGAGCGUCACGUCCCACGACUUUCGACCUCCCUCCCUCCCUCGCUAACUAAACCUCCUCACUCCCCCACACAGCUAAGGAUCUUCAGCUUCUUCACACUUUGUCUAGUCACCUUCAAUGUAAGGGAAUCAUUUUAAGAGCCUUGUCAUUGUCACUUGAUGGUGUCGGUGACGGGCUUUUACUACUUGUUCCUUUUUUCCUUGAAAAUGGCUCAUUAGUAGUGUUACUGUUUCUCAUAAAAGGUUCUAAUGAGCUCUUUUUAUACUAAUGCAAAGAUCUUUGUCUUUAAAAACACUCAAAAGUCGCCUUGAAAAAUCUCUUUGUACUAAUUUAAUGAGUAAAGCUUUAGUGGCGUUUUCUAAGUUUUACACAGUCAGUAGGUUUCACAUGUUUGACCAGCAAUAAAUAUGACUAAUAUUCA